UGCCAAAAGUAAUAAAAAUGGCGCUUAUGUUGAGCAGUUUACGAUAAACAUACGUUUGCAGUGUGUACUUUAUUGAUGUAAUUAUUUUGUUGUGAUUUAUGGUAAAUUGUAUUAUUAGGAAGUGAUACCAUAUCGUGGACUAAUGAGUUUAUUGACCGAUGUCUGCCCUGGCUCCCAAUAUCCCCGGGGCUGACCCAGCAAAGGAUAUACAAAAGCGCCGUGCUGGCAGUAUUGGAUCCGAUGAAGACGACGCAAGUGGGGGGAAGUACACAAGGAUGGAGGAGGACAAUAUUCAAGACAAAGAGAGGUUUGCAAGCCGAGAGAACCACUGUGAGAUUGAACGACGGCGAAGAAACAAGAUGACAGCGUACAUAACAGAGUUGUCGGACAUGGUGCCAACGUGCUCCGCGCUGGCACGCAAACCCGACAAGCUCACCAUACUGCGUAUGGCAGUAGCUCAUAUGAAAGCAUUGAGAGGCACAGGCAAUACUUCCACGGAUGGCACAUACAAGCCAUCGUUUCUGACUGACCAAGAACUGAAGCAUUUAAUCCUUGAAGCGGCAGACGGAUUCCUGUUCGUCGUUAGUUGUGAUUCUGGUCGCGUCAUCUACGUCAGCGACAGUAUAGCUCCAGUACUUAAUUAUUCUCAGGGAGAAUGGUAUUCCUCAUCUUUUUAUGACCAUGUGCAUCCAGAGGAUACCGAGAAGGUUCGAGAGCAGUUGAGCACUCAAGAACCACAAAAUACAGGACGCAUUUUAGAUCUGAAAACCGGAACGGUGAAGAAAGAAGGACAUCAAUCGUCCAUGCGGCAGGUGAUGGGCUCGCGGCGCGGCUUCAUCUGCCGCAUGCGCGUGGGCGGCUCGGCCGAGGGCGCGCACCUCGGCCGCCUGCGCGCGCGCAACUCGCUGGGGCCCUCGCACGACGGACACAACUACGCCGUCGUCCACUGCACCGGCUACAUUAAGAACUGGCCGCCUACAGACUUGUUUCCAGGCAUGCAGAUGGACCGGCCGGUGGACGACGAGCUGCACGCGUCCCAUUGUUGCCUCGUGGCCAUCGGACGACUACAGGUGACAUCGACACCGAACGCGGCCGAGGGCAGCCUGUGCAGCGGCGGCGUGGAGUUCGUGUCGCGGCACGCCGUGGACGGCCGCUUCACCUUCGCGGACCAGCGCGCCGCGCAGGUGCUGGGCUACGCGCCCGCCGACCUGCUCGGCAAGCUGUGCUACGAGUUCUACCACCCGGAGGACCAACAGCAUAUGAGGGACAACUUCGAUCAAGUAUUAAAAUUGAAAGGCCAGAUCAUAUCCCUCAUGUACCGGUUUCGUACCAAAACCAGGGAUUGGAUAUGGCUGAGGACGUCAGCCUUCGCCUUUUUGAAUCCGUACAACGACGAUGUUGAAUAUAUUGUCUGCACAAACACGCUAGCAAACCGGUCGCUGGGCAGCGCGAGCGGCGAGGCGCCGCCGGAGGAGAACUACGACUACCACUUGCGGCACCGCGACGUGUACCAGGCCGCGCAGCCCCCCGUGCUGCACCAGCAACACCAUGCACCGCCUGUUGCAGCCGGCAGCGUGGGCAUGGGCGCGGCGGGCGCGCGGUCGCCGGGCGCGGCGCCGGCGCCGGGCGCGGGCUACGCGCCGCACUACGCGCCCGACUACUCGCCGCACCGCGUCGCCAACACGCCGCCCGUCACCACCUGGACCACGCUUCGACCCAGUGGCGGAGCCGGCGGCGAGAGCUAUGCGUAUAGCGGCGAGGCGCCCGCGACCGGCCCGGGCACCGCGCCCGCGACCGACGGCUCGCCCGCGCGCUCCCCGCCCGCGCCCGCCUACCUGCCGCCCGCGCACUACCACCACAACCACCAUCCGCACCCGGCGCACGGUAUGUGGUCGUGGCAGGGCGGCGGCGCGGGCGCGCCGGGCGCGGGGGAGAGCGCGGCGCCGCACGAGCUGUCGGACAUGCUGCAGAUCCUCGACCAGAGCGGCGGCGCCGCCUUCGAGGACCUCAACAUCAACAUGUUCAACUCCAACUUCGAAUAGCGCCACGGUUCUCGAGGUUGCCGCCCCGCUUCGUCGCGCGACGCUGCCCCCGUUCGAUCUCUGAUCGACCGUACUGCCGGAGACAAUUGAACUAUCGAUGACGCAUGAAUUCGAAAGAGGUGUCGCAGCUUUACUAGAGGACGCUUCCCUACGCGGCGGUUUCCGGUGACUCAUAGUCAAUCAUCGACCGCGGUUGACAUCAGUCCAGCGUCUGUUAGUUUCGGUUGCCUGCAGUAGCACGAAACCGAAGCGCUUCCCGCGUCCGCGACUUAGCGUGUUGACAAUUCAACUAGCUCUUUAUCGCGGGAUGAUAUAGCUUUCAAUAAAUGGCAACCCACUGUACAAAUCAUGUACCUUACUUUGUAAAAAAUAACACAAAUUCACCAUACUCUUCUUUGACGCUAUUUUAUAUUUGCGAAUAAGAUUGUGGAGACUAGUUAGGUAUUGUGUUAUCGAAGUAUUGAUUGAUGGGCUAAAAGGUAGAGCGAUGGAUCGGCAGCUAGUUAUUUAGCAUACGUAUAUAUUUUUAUGUAAUAAAGUUAAUAAAUAAAAACAUAGGUUUAGGAUAGACAUUUACUUGAUAGCAAUAAGAUGAACCUUUUUUUUAUUCAUUAGACAGUUUAGACAUUUAAUUUUUAAGAACAGAAAUAAGUUAGGUCCAACUAUUCCUGGCUAAAUAUAAUUUAAGAUUAAAUUAUCUGACAUAAGAUGAAUAAGUACUGUGUUUGCCGCUAAAACUAAAAUGUUUGAAGGAGAACUUUUGUAAUUGAUUUUAAAUUGGUACCUUCUUAAUGUGAGCUUCGUGAUUCAUUUAGAGUUUGUUCUGAACAUAUUUUGGAAAAAAGGUGUCACUGAUAGAUGCCAAUAAUAACGACAACGGACAAAUUUAUACGUUUUGUCUGAUGAGUUGAUGACGGCACAUAUUCUGUAAUAAUCUAGAGCUGUGACGUGUAAUGACGCAUCAAUGAUUAAGUUUAGUGAAACAAGUAUUACAUGUAUAUUAUAAAUCGUUAUAUUAAUUUAAAAGGGUCUUUCAGGUCACAAUGGUUUAUUGAUGUCUGAACUUGACAUCAAGCUCUAAAUUAAGACCUUUUUAUAUUUUCCUACGUUCAAGUUUUAUCGUGUAUUUUAAUGCUGCAAUUAACUUGUUACCAAGGGAAUAUUGAGUCCACAUAGAUUUUUGUGCUAGGGAACAGUGUUAAUAAACUAGUAAGCAAUAUGUCCGCCGAUUCUCACCUUUUAGCCGCAUUUGGUAUUCAACACAUUCUAAUGCCUUCUCUGGCACUUAUUAAAUACUUAGCAAUUUAUAUUUUAAGUUAUUUUUAAUUACUACAUUAAAGAGUACCUACGAUAACUAUGUAUAAAUUUUCAUUGAGAACUUAUAUAUUUUUACCAGAGCCUAAGAACAUCCUAUUGGGAUAUAACUGAUUUAACUAAUGAACUUAUACUGGCUCUGAUAUUAUUUUAUUUUUAGAUCGAUAGAAUUGAGUAUUAAAAUUUGUAAAAUGAUAUUUUCAUUAAAAUUAAGUACAUAAACAUUGA